UCACGUGGCUGUCAACGCUGGCCUCGAGAACCCCAGUUGCUGGGGCAGGUUCCUGGUUUCCUUGUUCAGCAUCAAGACGCGCCAGGGGCUGACAGGGCAAACUUGGUUAUAGGGGUGAUCAGCGGGAUCCUCACCAUCGUCUGGCUGAUCCUGUUCCUGGAAGCGGCUGGAUACGGCGAACAAGGUGGCGUGGCUGAACUUGAUCAUCCUCAUCAUCAUCUCGAUCAU